AGCAAAUAUGACGAAUGUGGCUAUCGAUUAUCUACAGUUUUUUCUAUCUCAAGAUGCAUUAAUAGAAAAGAUUAUUCUGUGUGUAUUUCAAAUAAUUUUGCAGCUCAACUAGCCCUUUCAUUUUUGCAAAAAGAUUGGCUUGAUGAACGUGGAAGUAAACAGUUAAAAGGACCUGUAUUCAAUAAAGCUGUAUCCAUUGUUCUAGAGCGCUACAUAUUUCUACGAAAGGAAUCCAAGCGACUUCUAGUAAUCCAGUGGCUAUUAGCAAAUAAGUUGUCAUUACUUGUACCUGAGAAAGAGCGCCGGCGAAGUAAAAUCUCCAUUUUGGAUGAAUGUAAGGAUGAUGAAAUUAGAACUUUUCAUUCAGUCUACAAAGUACUUUUCCAUUGUCUUAAUGAUGCUGCAAAACAGCUUUCUAUGAGUGCAGCAAGAUGUGGCUUAUUAGAUCUUGACGAAUGUUUGCUUCAAUGGAAGAGAGCAGCCAGCAUUUUUUGUUUAUUAGCGUUGCUAAUUAGAGUAAAGGUGAAUAUUUUCCUUAAUAAUAUUUUUGAUAUAUAUGAGAUUUCUACAUCAGAAAUGUUUAUUAGAACUGUACACUCUGCAAUGAUUGGUGUGGAAUGUGAUGAAGCAUUUCAAAUCGGUUUAUUAAAAAGCAGAAACUUGGAUGUUAGUUCACAGUUAUUUUUUUAA